CGCAGGUUUCACGCAUUACUUGUUAUCCGUGGAGAACCACCAUUUGGAAGCUUUCUGGUGCUGAAGCAUUACCUACUAUGAUCUAUUGCGCACUAAAUCCAGGUUGUCAGUUGAGCAAUGUCCAGAUCGCCUCAGCAAGGAAAAAUGUCCAAGAGUUCAGAAGACGACCACGGUUCUGGUUGUGAUGAUGACGAAGACAUUUCCAAGAAACAAAUUGAUCGAAAGCCUAAUCCCUCUAGUUAUUUUAUAGCCAAAUCAGAAAAAAAGGACUAUAUUUUCUGAAUCUUAGAUAGUCAUACGUUUGUGCCAUAUUACCUCAGUGUACAUAAAGUGUAUAUAUUUAUCCUGUGCAUUGUUCCUGUUUGUAUAGAAUUUCAAUACCGCUGCCAGAAUAAGUGCUGUUCUUAUAUGGAAGUCUAGAAAAUUGUCAGUUUUGUCAACGAAGCGGUUGUACUAACAUACACUUUCGUCACUAUUCAUUUGCGUCUAAAGUUUUUGUUUUCCAAAUAUGAUGUUUUUAGCAGAAAGAAUGUGGUUACAGUUUAUUAUUCUAGCAAUAUUAUUGUAUUUUGCAUCUGCCAGAGAGGACACGGUAUUGAAGAAGGGAAAAAUAUGUAUCGGAACUGAAGCUCGCAUGUCGGUGCCUUCCAAUCGAGAGCACCAUUAUCAAAAUCUGCGAGACAGGUACACAAAUUGUACUUACGUGGAUGGCAACUUGGAGCUGACCUGGUUGGAGGAUGAGAAUCUUGAUUUGAGCUUCCUUCGAGAUAUUAGAGAAGUAACAGGGUAUGUGCUAAUCUCGCAUGUCCAAGUCAAACGAGUAGUUCUUCCAAGUCUGAUGAUAAUCCGAGGUCGAAACCUUUUUAGUCUCCAGGUGCAUACAAAGGAGUUGGCCCUAAUGGUCACUCUUAACAAGAUGGAAACACUAGAAAUGCCAUCACUUAGGGAUAUUCUUAAUGGCAGUGUUGGGUUUUUCAACAAUUACAACCUUUGUCAUAUACGCACAAUACGGUGGGAUGAAAUUCUGACAGGUCCAAAUGCCGUGUCUGAUUAUGUGUAUGACUUUCCACAACCAGAACGAGAAUGCCCAGCAUGUAAUAAAUCGUGUGAAGAUGGCUGCUGGGCUGAAGGGUCACAUAACUGUCAGAAAUUUUCCAAGAUCAACUGUUCUCCCCAGUGCCACCAAGGUCGUUGUUUUGGUCCAAACCCUCGAGAGUGCUGUCAUCUGUUUUGUGCUGGAGGCUGUGUAGGACCUAAACAGAGUGAUUGCCUGGCUUGUCGGAACUUCAAUGACAAUGGAGUGUGUAAACAAGAAUGUCCACCUAUGAUGUUGUAUAACCCGAUCACAUAUUCGUGGGAAGUUAAUCCUAAUGGAAAAUAUGCAUAUGGAGCUACAUGUGUAAAAAAUUGUCCAGAACACCUGCUGAGAGACAGUGGAGCUUGUGUGAGAUCUUGUCCUUCCAGUAAAAAAGCCGUGAAUGGUGAAUGUGUCCCAUGUGAUGGACCAUGUCCAAAAAAUUGUAAAGGUGAUGUAAAUUCAGUCCAUGCUGGAAACAUUAAUUCUUUCCGUGGGUGCACAGUCAUUGAGGGUUCUAUCACUAUACUGGAAAACAGUUUUACAGGUUUUCAAGACAUGUUUCCAAACAACACAUUUGGACCUCUGUAUCCAGAAAUGCAUCCUAAAGACCUGGAAGUGUUCAGUACACUUAAGGAAGUGACAGGAUACAUCAGUAUUCAAGCUUCCCAUCCAGAUUUCAAAAACCUUUCUUUCUUUCGGAACUUAGAGGUCAUUGGUGGAAGACAACUUACUGAGUACUUUGCAGCAUUAUACAUUGUAAAAACUUCCCUUGAGUCCCUGAACCUACAGUCCUUGAAGAAGGUUCGAUCAGGUCGAAUCACUAUUCUGGAAAACCAGGACCUGUGUUUUGCUCAACAGAUCAACUGGGAAAAAGUGACAGGUCCUCACACACCAGACAGACUCAAUAGUCUUCUUCAGAGCAAUGCAGAUGAGCAAAAGUGUCGUGAAAAGGGGCUGAUCUGCCAUUCUCAGUGUUCAGAUGAUGGUUGUUGGGGACAUGGUGCUAACGAAUGUCUCUCUUGCAAAGCUUACCGACUAGACGAUGAGUGUGUUGAGAAUUGUACUGCAAUGAAAGGGAUUUAUGAUGCUGGGAUGAAAACAUGUAAGCAUUGUGACGAACAAUGUGAUGGAGAAUGCUUUGGUCCUGGUCCCAGUAAUUGCACGAAGUGUCGAAGUGUGCGGGAUGGACCAUACUGUGUUGAGAAGUGCCCAACCACCAAAUAUAAUGACCACAAAGGAGAAUGUAAACUAUGUCAUGAGAACUGUGUUGAUGGAUGCACGGGGCCAAGGAAUACCAUUGGAUUGAAUGGUUGUAUUUCUUGUGAAAAAGCCAUAGUUAGUGCUUAUGAUCCAAAUGAUGUGGAGCUAUGCUUAAAAGCAGAUGCACCUUGUCCAGAAGGGUUUUAUGUUGAGUAUAUAGGACCACAAGAGGAAGGCCCUCUCAAAAGUUUGACUGGAAAAUCGGUUUGCCGAAAAUGCCACCAGCAAUGUAAAAACUGUACAGGCUAUGGAGUCCAUGUGUCGGUAUGUGAAUGUUUACACUAUAGUUCAGGUGAGCAGUGUGAAUCACAGUGUCCUCGAGACCACUAUCCAGAUGACAUCAACCAUCGUUGUGGAAAAUGUGCUGAUGAGUGUCGAGGAUGUUAUGGACCCACUGUUACGCAUUGCCAUGCGUGCCGCAAUUACAGAGUUUAUCUUGGAGAAAACCGAACCAUUUUUAACUGCACUGCUUCCUGUCCACCUGAGAAACCAUUCAAGAUUUUUGAUGAUAAUAUGGAAGAUCCUUACUGCUCCUCAGAUGACCCAGCAGCUGUAGGAGUACAUGGAGUAGAAGAAAACCAAAUAGGAGCAAUACUUGGUGGUUCUAUUGGCUGUGUUGUGCUACUGGGGAUUUUUGUUGCGUUGGUCAGCUACCAUUGGUUACAGCGAGCACGUACCAAGGAGAACACAGUUAAAAUGACUAUGCGAAUGAGCGGAUUUGAAGACAACGAACCUCUGAAGCUUUCAAACAUUAAACCAAAUCUUGCCAAGCUGAGGAUAGUGAAGGAAGCUGAACUAAGAAAAGGAGGGAUUUUAGGAUAUGGGGCAUUUGGAACAGUAUACAAGGGUGUUUGGGUUCCAGAAGGAGAAAAUGUUAAGAUUCCUGUGGCCAUCAAAGUUUUGAGGGAAGGAACUGGACCAUCAACAAACAAGGAAUUUCUAGAGGAAGCAUAUAUCAUGGCUAGUGUUGAUCAUCCCAAUCUGUUGAAGUUACUUGCUGUUUGCAUGACAUCACAGUUGAUGCUGGUAACACAGCUAAUGCCACUUGGUUGUCUUCUAGAUUAUGUGAGAAACAAUAAGGAUAAGAUUGGUUCCAAGCCACUCCUAAACUGGUGUACACAGAUUGCUCGAGCUAUGGCGUACCUGGAAGAGAAGAGGAUGGUUCAUCGUGAUCUUGCACUCAGGAAUGUCUUGCUGCAAACUCCAGGCUGUGUUAAAAUAACAGACUUCGGAUUGGCAAAACUAUUGGAUAUUAAUGAAGAAGAAUACAAAGCUGCAGGAGGGAAAAUGCCCAUAAAGUGGCUAGCUUUAGAAUGUAUCCAGCACAGAAUAUUUACCCACAAAAGUGAUGUCUGGGCAUUUGGUGUAACAGUAUGGGAAUUGCUGACCUAUGGUGGCCGACCAUACGAGAAUGUACCUGCUAGAGAAGUUCCUGACUUACUUGAAAAAGGUGAACGUUUGCCUCAGCCCACCAUCUGUACUAUUGAUGUCUACAUGAUCAUGAUCAAAUGCUGGAUGUUAGAUGCAGAAUCUCGACCCUCCUUCAAAGAGUUGUCAGAAGAGUUUGCCAAAAUGGCCCGAGAUCCUGGAAGAUACUUGUUUGUACCUGGUGACAAAUUGAUGCGACUCCCAAGCUACACUCCCCAAGAUGAAAAGGAGUUGAUCCGUACGUUGAGCAUGCCCAUUGAAGGUCCAGAAGUUAUCAUGGACGCUGAAGAGUACUUGCAGCCAAAACUACAGCAAAAUAACUCUGAUACUCCUCCUCCACUCACUCCAGUCAAGAAAUUUAUGGAAGAUCGAGGUUUUGACAGUGAUCUAGUGGCCAAUACAAAUAACCAGUCCUUACAGACAAGAAUCAACAGGCCAGACUGCAAAUAUGCCCACCUCGAAGCAGCUAUUACUAAUUCCCCAAACAAUCGUGUACGAGAAAAUAGUGUUAAUUCUGGCCGAUAUUGUCCAGAUCCUCUAAAAGUAUUUGGGAAAGGAGAAGAGGGUGAUGAUGAUGCUUUCAUACACAAUAGUGCUACAUUACCAAAAGGCAUCAAGGAAGGAGAUCAUCGGCUGGAGUUACCAGUGGACGAAGAUGAUUAUCUGAUGCCUUCGCCACGGCCGUAUGGCCUUACAGGAGGGUAUAUGGACUUGAUUGGGGAUACUAAAAUAUCAGAUCAAGGAGCAAUGAGGCCACACGAUUAUGCUCGUUAUGUGCCAGAUUUUGUGCCAGUGAAUGGGCAGCCAAAUGGGCUAGACAAUCUUGAAUAUCACUUGAUGAAUCGUGACCACGAUUAUGUCAACACGCAACCAGUGCCUCGUAAAAAUACAAGCAGUGAGGAAGACAGUGAUGACCACGAGUUCUUCAACGACUACGAUCGACUGAGACGAGAACUUCAACCUUUGAACACCAGAAGAAGUGAAACAACAGUUUGAGUUUACUCAUUAGGCUUUAAACUGAGCACAAUUAACUUUUUCAAUCAUUCAAGUUCAAGCCAAAGUUUCAGUGCUUAUAUAUUAUUUGUCUGUGCAUUUCCUACUGUCAUGCCUUAUAAGACUUUUUAAUGAAGUGGUUCAAGACACUUCCAUAAAAACAGAAACUGAAAGGAUUAUGAUGUUUAACAUACUGCAUGACCAGUGUCAAGGUGUGAGUGCAAACUUUAUUUUUAUAAAGAGUGAUUUGGAUACUUGUAUAUAUAUAUUUUAGAAUUUUUUGCAUCGUUAUAUGCAAAACAAAACAACAACAACAAAAUUACAUUUUACAUAAGGACUACCUAGAUAUCACAGCUAUAUUGGUAUUUAUACCUAAAAUGUCAUGUGCCUUGUUUUAGUAAUCUCUGUUUUAUAAACAAUGUGUAAAACUGCAUUUUUAGAACCCUUAUUUUUCUUUACUCCAUAUUUUGUUCUUGUGUAAAAUGAAUGUAGUUUUAAAAAAGACUCCAUCUCAUGUAGAUGUAAAGGUGUAGGAUGCUACUCAAGUGUAGAGCUGGUAUUUUCUCAGUAUUAUCUGUAAAAA